AGACGCUUUGGACGAAGCUGUCAAGAUUGCGGGAAAACUGGGCCCGCAAAACUGCAGUUGCCUGGAAAUGUCUUCAAUGAUUCACUUCCCAUUUGACAAUGUCUGCCGCCGCCUCAAUUCAGUGCAGGGAUUUCUGAACGGACCCAAAACGCCGGGCAACUCGCACGCUCUUAACCCAGCUUAUGACAGACUCAUUGUAGUAUAAAAUGCAACGAAAAUGGGAGUUCCAUGGUAAUGUGAUCUUCAGUGAAAACCAGCAGAACUACCUCAGUGCGUCUCUCUUCACGGACACAUUAUGACUAACGCCAUGCUAGUAUAUGGGUGUGGUUCGUGCACCAGCACUUAAGAGACGCCAACCAUGGAUCAGGACCACCCGGCCGUGACCCACCCUCCAGGGCCGGUCGCUGAGGCCACGUCUAGUUUGUAUACCUCAUUUCCCUAUGGCCUCAGCGGUGUGUCCGUCAGUGAACCGGCCUACUAUGCCGACUACGGCCGCAAAUCCAGGAUGUGCAUGUACUGUGGCAAAGUCUUCACCCGCUCCACCACCCGCCGCUACCACGAAGUCAAAUGCCGAUCCAAGCGCAAGGUGGGAGACUAUAACACAAACAACCAGAUACCUCAUGCCAUUCUGAGUGAUGUGAACUUCUCACCCUCGAGUUCGCACCAGUCGUCACCGCUGGAUUUUGUACCACCCAGCUCGACCCCGGACCUGGCGCGCAACAUUAACACCACUAUGUUUGGCACCUCCCCACCACUACCUCCCUCUAGACCUUCACUGGAUAUGAAAGGUUACGAUUCCGACCAUGGCGACGCGCUGCGCAAAUCGCCAGGCCACGAAGAUUACCGGAAAGAUCCGGAACAACACCACGACGAGCCGCCUGUCGUUAGCAACGGGGCCGAAGACAUCAUCAACAGUCCAAUCACAAGCCCGGUGUCACCGCCGCAAGUUGAGAAGGAGACCUUGGAGUCAGUGCUUGGAAUCAACACAAACAACUCGUCUGUCCCCAUGUGCAUGACCCGCACCAGCCCCCUGCCCACCUUCCCUAUUGUCAGCAUGGCUAACAUGGCUUCCAUGGCAUCUCUGGCUAACUUUCAUGAACAAGCCGCCAUCUUGAGAAACAGCCCACCAAUCAACAACCUCGGUCAGCACGUCCUGCCACCCUUCUCCUCCGAUAUGCUCCUAGCAGCCAGCAAUGUCAUGGCGGCCAUGAGUUUCCCAUGGCGACCGGAGGACACCCUGGAGAGGCGGUAUAACAUCAGCUCGCCUGCCAUGGAGCCAUACCGUUGUGAGAUAUGUGGCAAAGUCCUCCAGUCUGCCAACCAACUCACCAUCCACAAGAGGACCCACAUGAAGGUAAGGCCAUAUCCGUGCCGAAUCUGCGGCAGCCGCUUUACCACCCUGAGCAGUCGCCGUUCACACGAGCGAACCCACCUCGGUGAAAAGCCGUACUUCUGCGUCGUCUGCGGCACUCGCUUCACGCGCAAGUACAGCUUGAAACUUCAUGAAAACAAGCAUGUAGACGGCCCGUAUAAAUGCUCACACUGCUUCAAGAUGUGUGACACUGUUCUGGACCUAAAGGAUCACCUGCAGUGCCACACACUGCCCGAGAAACCAGGGGGUGAAGAGAUGAAGUCACCUCCCCUUGUUGAGCUGAGUCUGCCGCCCCCAAAUACCUCCACGCCCACCUCCACUUCCACAACUGCCACGACCUCAAGUCCACCAAGAGAGGACCAAGGUCAAGACAAGGAAACCAUGCUUUCCCCGAAAUUGGAGACCAAGGAUUCAGAAGAUGAAGUCUCCGAUUCCAACGACAACUCUAGCUCCUCGGAUGCGAUGAUUGACGGCAAGGCUUUGUCUGAUUCCUGUGGAGGGGAGGAUGGAGACAAGAUCCAGCGAUGUAACCAGUGUGGCGAAGAAUUCCCUCAUGCCUACCUCCUUAAAAUACAUGUGAAGGUUCAUGCCUCAAAGCCUUUUGAAUGUCCAGUCUGCGGGAAGAAAUUUGGUUAUAGGAAUAACAUGAAAACCCAUGUGAAAUGCCACUUCGGGUUAAAGCCUCAUGUGUGCCACAUAUGCGGGUCUAGAUUUACGCGAGCCUCAACGCUACGCCGGCACAUAGAAAAGCAUCAAGCUCAGGGAGACUCAAGCAAUCUUUGCUUUGGCUCAAGUCCAUUGGAUAGCCAAGCCUCAGUAUCUGUUUCUACCUCAAAUAUUCCUUCAGCACUUACCUCUGCAAUAAGUCCAACAAACACGCACAUUAAGACCCCAGGACCCAUUUGGCUUCCCCCAGACGGAGUGGCUUCAGAACAUGGGGAGAAUUUCGAGCGAUUGCCAGCAUUCUCCACCUUCCAGAGCCUCGCCUCCUCCAGCUCGUACCCGAUCACCCCAGCAUCCAUGAUCGCGCUGCCGCAGCUUGCCAUCACCUCGGAAUCGCCUCCGCAGACGCAGGCUCUCAACCUCUCUGUGGCGCCCUCAAGGGAAGACCCGCAGCCACUGGAGGAGGAAGAUGCCAAAGACUGGCCCAAAGACGAUAAGGACAAUGUCAGUGAUAUAGGAGAGGAUUACGACGUAGGUAACAACAACAACAACAUAUCAAAAUUAGAGAGCUGUGACAGAGAUAGCACAUCACUGGCGCCCAGGGUGAGCUGUGACAGCGUGGGGGUGCAGGUUAACACUUGUGGGUGCACGCUGCUUUUAGGCCCAGACAGCAGUCCGCCGAAACUUGAAAAUCAGCUCAUAGGCAGCGACUCCCAUCAGUGCAGAAUGCCAAAGAACCUCGCCGAUUCUUCAUCGACAUCAUCGUCGAUGUCGCAAGCUCAGGAAGAGUUCAACAGUCACAGGGAGCGCACUCUGCUUGCCCUGGUCCAAACGGGACAGCUGUUUGCGUGUGAGUUUUGCGAAUGCUAUUUCACAGAGUACGCCAUGCUGCGCAUUCACAAGAAAAUGCAUGCCAUGGGUAUGCGCCAUCCGUUUGUGUGUUCCACAUGUGGGGAAGAUUGUCAUGAUAAGGUGUACUUUGCGCUUCAUAUGUCUGAGCAUUUGAAGUGAGUGAAAAUAUAUUUAGGUGAUAUAUUAUAAUCUCAGUAUGCGGUAAUUAAGAGGAGGUGGGCUGGGAUAUAGAAGGUAUAGGAGGUACGUGUAUUGUUUCUAGUGCUACUGUCGAUCAUGUCACUUAUUAUAAGACUGUUUUGGAUGUAUCUAACUUACUAAAACAUGAUAAAAUGGUUUAGGAACCAUAUUUGUUGACGAGUCAUAAACAUGUAUUUGUGUUUUAAUAACCUGGAAAUACCACUCAACAUUGUUAUUAGCGAUAUAUCUUCAUUUACAUUGAUUAUUCUUGUAUUUUAGUCUAGAGUAGAGACAUUCCUCUGACAGAAGCAACACUUGCGUGUACCCUGCAGAUUCACAAUCCAUUUUCAAACUCUGCCAGUGAUUGAUACCUGAUCUUCUUAAAGGGGUCUAUGAGUUUAUUAUCUUACAUAUACAUUUUUUUUUUUUUGAAUGUUGAAAGAUUGUUAUCUGUAAAUUGUGUGAAGUCUAUGGGUCAGAGAGCAGUUACGCAACUUUUGUUCCGUUAAAAGUCAGUCUGUGUUUUCAGUAAUUUCUGAUUGUUACAGUGUAAGUGUUGGGAACGUAGAAAUCAAAGAUUUUUAUCUCUUUGUUACAUCAAUUUGUUAAGAUUUCAAGUUGGAGAAAGUUUGUAGGUUGCUGAGUUAUUUCCACACAUGCACAUGUGUAUGGAAAAGUGCAUAUUUUGUUAUAUUUGUGAGAUGAAACGGUACUUCAAGUGUUAAAAUCCACUUCAGUGGUACCUGAAGUGUUUAAAUGGUACCUGAAGUGUUUAAAUGGUCCUUACAGUAUGUGUAUCAAAAACCAAAUUGUUACAUCGAUCAUUUUGAUUAGUUUUAAUCAUGGAAUUGUGAUAUAGUGUAGUCUAAAAUCAAGUUCUUGCAAUUGAAGG